AAGACCACAAGCAAGAUUCCAUCGACUUACUAAACUAGCAUUUUAUAGACUCAAAUUCUCUCUAGAUGUGAUGAAUGUUCUUAUUAAGAGUUGCGAAGAAACUUUGCGAGAGAUACAAAUACGUGGAACUAUAAGUGAUAAUUCUCCGAGUGAAGUCAAACGAGCACGAUUGACAUCAAUGUUUACUGGUUGUUCAAAACUUGAACAUCUAGAAUUUCAUUCAUCUUUGUUCUCAUUCGGUACUUCAAGUGAAAUUAUGGAUGAAUUAAGCGAUGCAAUUCCAUCAUCACUACUUGAAUUUUAUAUUGAUUGUAAAUGUUCACCUCAAGAAUUAGGUGCUUUCCUUGAAAAAUGUAAUGCAUGCCUUCGACAUUUGGCAUUGGAUACUGACGAUAAAAAGGCAAAUAUUGAUGAAAUUUUGGUAAUAGUCAGAAAGUAUGCGAUUAGUAAAAAAUCAUUGAAGAAAUUAAUAUUGGCAGGAUUGUCAGAACAAAGUAUUGAUUCAUCCCGAGAAUUAGAAGCUACAAGAAAAGUGAUUAAAGUGGAUACACCAGCGCAAUAUACAAA